CCGGAUCAAAAGCUAACCUUCUCAAGAGAGCGAAAGUAGGCAAGAAGCUAGGUUUCUUAUCACUGCCAGCUGAGUUACGCAACAUGAUCUAUGACCUUACUCUCGUACAAAGACGGAUAAUCAUCUGCUGGGAUCAUAGCAACAUGCGUUUCCGACACCAUCGAGACCAUCGUGUCUCUGGCUCUCUCCUACGCACCUGUAAGACAAUUCACGCCGAUGCCAGAGCUCUGAUGUACUCGACUACAUUUGAGAUUGAGAACAUGGAUUAUCUCGAAAGAUGGCUGAAGAGAGUCGGUCCGGGAGCUGUCAACAUACGGGAAAUUAAAUUGACACGCUCGUUCCAAGCAUCCUUUGCUCAAAGUUACGGGGUCAAUCUUCCGGUAUGGAACCAGAGAGAUUACAGGGCUACCACGCGAAGGGUUGCCAAACUACUCGGUGGCUGCCAACAUCUCGAAAGUCUGGACUUGGGCUUCCUGUACACCACGGUGUACCAGACGACGACCCUCAUCGAGAACAAAGAUAAACCUGCGUACUGGCAAAGGGAGGCACGACUUCUUGCCGAAAUGGUGUUCAGCGAUUUGUCAGUCUUGCUAGUAGCAGCCAAGGCUUCCGGCAAAACACUGGAUCAAGUGGCAGGCUUACCUAAAAUUCACCACAAGAACUUUGAUUGUAUUGAACACCACCCCUCCAGUUUGGGGAAUGGCCAGCCACGUCGAGAGACAGCUUGUCACAUGAAGUUGUUGAUUGCGAAGCACAUCGGAAACUAA